AGUUUUGUUUUUCUUUUCUGCUUUGUGGUGUGGUUUUGCUUUCGCUAGGGAAACGCUCGUGGAUUCGUUCUGGACGGCAAAACGCAGUGAAAUAUGGAGAUUAGCAAAACGAUUGGAAUUGCAGCCGGUGUCGCAGGCACACUGUUUCUCGGCUAUUGCAUAUACUUCGACCACAAGCGCAGGAAGGAUCCGGAUUUCAAGAAAAAAUUGCGCGAAAGACGAAAGGCCAAAAAGGCAGCAGCAUCGGCAGGGCCAAGGACAACAAUCCCUAACCUGACAGAUCACGAAGAAGUGCAGAGAUUCUUCCUGCAAGAGAUCCAAACCGGCGAAUCACUCAUUGCGGCCGGUGAUAUCGAGAAUGGCGUGGAACAUUUGGCUAACGCAAUUAUCGUUUGUGGCCAGCCAACGCAACUGCUACAGGUCCUCCAGCAAACGCUGCCAGCCCAGGUAUUCGCACUGCUUAUCACACGCAUGCGACAGUAUGGCAAUCAGGCCAGCGAGAACGAGCGGUCCAAGCUCCAGGACAUGAACGAUGAUCUGGAGUAAGGAAAGGUCCCGCCCAUCACCACCGGGCCAGUCUAGUAAAUGGGCUCUGGUAGUAGUUAAGAUCGUCAAAAAAGAGGAAAGAAGCGAGAAUGGGCCACCGAGCACGAUGCAACACCAAGAGCCCGGUUUUCCCCCCUCAAUACAUUAAACUGCCUAACCGGGAUUAAAGCGGACGCAAUAUCAUCGCCGUAAACUAAUCGGAUACUUGUUAUGCAUUUGCUAAUUGUCAUCACUAUCAUCAUCAUCCUCAUGACCUCGGACUGGAGGUCGCUCGCCUUGGAAACAAAACCUCCACGGACCGGGCAGACAGGCAGGAUGGGCACGGUAAGGGUCUCGCUCUCGCUUCCCUCACGCUUUUUUGUGUUUGCUGCUCGAUUCGCCUUUUCGUGCUGGCGUAUAUUCGACACCCUAAUCGUAGUAGAACAAAAUCAGUUAUGUUUAGUAAUUAACGACCAAACCAAACAACAAAGAACACACAUUAAAAGCAAAAGAACAUCCUGCGCCUUGCGUCGUUUGAGCAGACGGAACGGAAGAAAGCACGUGGUUUUCCUUGUUUUCCGUCGUAACAUCAUCACAUCAACCAGGUACGCGGCUCUUUUCUGUUUCAUUUUAAACUCCACAUCCAUCCUUCACGGUACUGUCCACCAGUGCACUGCUUCUCUCGUUUCUAACGGAAAAGCAUUUAUCUAGGACAGUACAGCGCGCAUUUUAAAUUCGCAAACUUUUUAGCAUCGAUUUCGUCGUACGUGUGCUUCCUCCGAUCACGAUCGUUGAACAUGGGAAAGGAAUAAUGUAAUUGUUACGGUACGCACAUUACCCAUACACACGCUCGUUCAAUGCAUGCGAAAAAGGGCGAUAAUUGCAAGCUGCUAGUAGGUUCGAAAAACAGAAGACGUCGGAGCGCCGGAGGAUGGCGACAGCGGAUCGUCGUUAGAAGCAAACUACUAACCACACACAGCAGUAGUGCAGGUUGCAACGGCAACUUGUUGAAGCAGACAAAAACAAACCUAUAUGAGAGUAACUGAUAGCUUUUCGGGAGACGAAUAAAGGAUAUUCAGUGUUAUUUCAUGAAACACGUUAGCGUUGA